UGAGAAGGGUUGUCCUUUCCAAGGACUCCAGAGUUAAACGACCACGGGAUCGAUCCUGUUCAGCCUGAAACGUGCAAACUGCUGCCGGAACAUUUUCAGGACGAGGUGAUGUUUAACUUCGAAGACAGAUGGCGCCUGAAAUCCCGAUAGUACGAUCCUGAAAGCGUCAGGAUUUUUCAGGACUUUCUUUGAGAAGGGUUUUUUUACGCAUAGACAAUCACAUUAGAGUUAAAUGACCACCGGAUCGUUCCUGUUUCAGCCUGAACCCUGUAGUCUCCUUCUGGGAGAUUUUCAGGACGAGGCUAGGUUGGUCCUUUAUGGGACAGAUGGCGGUUUGGGUCACGGCAGAAACAGGAUAAUAAAUUGCAAAAUGAUGCUUGUGGACAGGAAGAUCUAUCAUUCAUUUUAUCAGUGUUUCAGCAGAGCUUUUGGGAUUUGCUAGAAAUUAAUCAAUUUUUGGGUUUACGUUGUAAUUAGAAUACGAUUGGAAGUUUUGUGUUUUAGUUUGCAAAAGAGGCAGUUUCUUUGGGGUUAAAAGCUUCAAUUUAUAAUCCAGGAAUUGGAAACGCUUUCGAAUUUGCCGCCUGCGGCUACGUCCUUGCAAAUCCAUCAGAUAGAUCCCUUAUCCUUUUGUGCUUUUUUUGAAAGGUGUUCCUUCGGUUUAUUUUUAGCCCACUCCAAAACGCUAUUAAAGUUUGAAUUAUAAAUGUCGUUGAUUCGGAUGUUCCUGUCUGAGUAAUCCGACGAAAAACAUGGAUCAAUCCAUUAGAGAUGAGAUCAGGUAAUUUAGGUUGUUUGCUGAGUGACUAGCCAAGCUUCUGCAAGUUUAUUAAUUGCUGGAAGCGGUCAAUAUUUCGUUUCAUAUGUUGUUUCUUGUUUUUUGCAAAUUUUAUCACUUUAGGAAGUCGCUCUUGACAUGUCCUCCUUUCAAUUGUGUGUCGUUCUUAAAUGAAAUAUUCACUUCACCUGAUGUCUAAUUUUUUAAUAACAUUCUCUCAGUUUUUGUUGCUUAGGAAGCGUAAUAUUUCUUUUUUCGAUCUGUUGUCGAUCUGUUCCUUAGUGCGGGUUUCUAAUGGCCACUUGUGGCCCCGCUGGAGACAGGAGCAAGCGUUACCAGGGGAAAUAUAGAGUCACAAACAAUGGCCAAAUAUCACUUGGCCGCCCUCUUUCAUUUUAUUGUUUAUCGUAGGUUCAUUAUUUCGUUGUGUUGGCUCGUAGUAAAUUCUUGAAUUGUUUAUGGGCUUUUAUCACGAUUUAGCGACUGAUUCUGGAGCUUUAUUUCAUUAAUAAUUCAGUACGAAUUUCAGUCGAGGUCUUUAAUUUUAUUUGUUGGCCUAGGUUUGGCCUUCUUGGAUGAAAUCCUUUUAGGGCGAACGCCCGUCCGCUUGAAAUAUUACAGGGACGUGCAUUAUACAGCGAGUAUUGUAGUUGAAAAUAAUAUAUUUUGUAUUUAUCCCGGCGUCUGGUUGUCAACAACAGUGAUCAUUCAUUGUACUGAGACAGUUUUUUAGCAGCCGUUCGCGACAGAGAUAUUGUUUGAGAAAAAUAUGGGGCUUUUACGGGAAACACAGCUCUCGGCAAAAGCGCUUCAUGUAUCAAUAUCUGUCACUUUGCUUCUCACCACGUUAUUUGUUCCGGUGCAUCCGACGACUACAACGAGCUGCAUAUAGGAUUUGCACGACUAAUGAGGUUCUAUACUUCAGAAUUACGUCGAGAUGUGUUUGCGCUCCUGUAGGUAGUCUACAACGCUCUGCAUCAGCAUGCACGUCCUGCCAAACUAAUCUAAAACACUCGUUUGGACUUUUCACAAUCAUUUUAUUAUUAAUCGUAAAAAUUAUGGCGGUUUUAUGACGCUUUAACACACAGCGUGAUUUACGGAAGACAUUACGGCCAAAGUAAAGGCUUUGAACAGAGCCGGCAAUUAAUUGGCAAUUUCUUUCUGGUUUGGGGGAAAGAGUGAAACAAACCUCGAGUUUGUAUAUUUUAUUCAGAUGAAGAUUUAGAUGGACACUUGUGGUGAUUGUGUUUGUAUGGAAUGGGCACAAUUUUAUAAUUGCAUGCAUAAUGAAUUGGAAUUGAUUGAAAGGUAUUAUUGAGGUACAGAUUGGAAUUCACGCAGAGUGGCAUCAAUUUAGUUAAUGAAUGCGAUAUGUAGGUGAAUUAGGGCGCAGCUUGAUUUUUAUCUUUAGUUAAAUUAUUCAUCUGAUGUUAAACCUAUACAUGAUUGGGAUUCAACUUUCCGUUUUAAAAAUCAGCCCUCUCUCGGCAUCGAUUUUCUUCCCACCUUUCGUGUUAAACUCGCUGUUUGAUUGUUGACACCACCUCGAACUUUCGUCGACUUUCCCUCGUCGGAAUGUCAUCAGCACUAAUUGCUCUAACCCAUCGAUAUGCAGUCGAAUUUAUGAGCAUUUCCGGAGGGGUGUAGAUGUGAAUAUGAAUUUGUUAUCGAACAUUAGAUUUCGUGACAAGUCUUCAGAGCAAAUGCGUAAACCUCGGGUGUACGCUAAUUCCUCCUUGUGGGACUCAGAUAUGUCCCAAAUCGCUGUAGAGUUUUUAAGUAUUUAUUUUGCAAAGAAGGGAAAUUAUUUCGAUUGCCCGAACACCGUGGGGAGUAAAUAUCAAUUUUUAAUAAUUGUCGUUCUGCGCUCAAACGGCCAACUACCACGAAAGCGUAGUUUUGCGCCUCGAGACGGCGUUUACCUUGGCCAGUUAGUUAUAUAAAGUUUUGCAAUUUUGAAAUCCUGCCGUUAUCAAGUUUGUAAGUCAAGCACGAUGCUGAAAUUUCUGCUUCUUUUGAUUGCAGUUUCCGCGACUAAACAAGAUGAAACAACUCAACACAGUUUCAGUUACAAUGCUGGAAAUGUUGUUAGGGAAGAAAGUCGAGAUCUAGAUGGUGUUACCAGAGGCUUUUAUGAUUACUUGGAUCCAAAUGGGAUAAUCCAACAUGUAGAAUAUAUUGCUGAUUCAAAGGGUUUCAGAGUGCGAGCGACAAACUUGCCCCUUCAUGUAGUUAAGAAGCAAACUCGGGAAUCACACUAAAUUGUAGUUUGGCCAAAUAAAUAAUUACUGUACUUUGUGUGCUAGUUAUUAUAACAUGGUUCGUUAAAAUUAAUGUAAUCAUAAUGACAAUAAAUAGACCAAUGCCGCUCAAUUGAAUCCUGUUAUUGCAUCGGAAUUAGGUGAUUGUAGAAUAAUUGGGUUGAAAUCGCUUUUCUCUUCACACCAAUAUACGACUAAUUUACCAAAACAAAGUCUCUACGGGUAAUUAGCACAGUUAUGCGUCCCUAACAGGCAUACACGACCUUUGAAAUCGCUAUAAAUACGAAACCCAACUUUUGAUUUUUCACAACAACUCAAAAAUCCAUCAUGAACACUUGCCAAAUCAUUUUUCUAUCUGUGAUAAUCGCCGCUUCCGCGGAGGAAACUCCCCGCUGGACCGGCCCUUUCGCCGACCACAAACUGGGGCACUUGGUGCAGGACACUCCAGAAGUGGCCGCUGCGAAAAUGCAUCACGCUCUGGCUCACACCCAGAUCCGGGCCAUUCUGCCCGAAUUGCCCCCGGAGGACACCGCUGAAGAGGAACCUAACGUGGUGCCCCAACCACGACCUGUUGUUCCGGUCCCUCAGGUUCAAGUAAUUCCCCAAGUUCCCCAACCACGUCCAGUGGAUGUCCCCCAGGUUCCCCAGGUUCGCGUGGUGCCCCAGCAGCUCGCCGAGGAAAUCCCCCGGAGCCCCCUUGGGGAGGUUCCGGAGGUGGAGGCUGCCAGGAAGGCGCACCUCGCGGCUAUUUUGGAGGCGGUUGCGCUGAACCAGAAACUGGGGGGUGACGAGCCGUCGACUUUCCGUCCCCAUGUUUUGGGGCGGAGGGCUGGGCUUUUCCCGUUGAGGCAUUAGAGGGCCGUUUAUUUAUUGUAGUUAAUGAUGUGCGAGCGAUGAAAAAUAAAUUUGUUUUGAUUGGA